AUGGAAGCUUUCCUCGACGAAGCAGAAUCCAGCUCCGCGAAGGAAUCAUGGUUGCUGGGCGCGUACAGAUAUCUAAGAGAUCGCCACAGAUUCAUUAUCACCAAUUUAUCACGGCGUCCAGAUUCCGAUAAACUUCAGAAGAGCCGCUUUCUCGGAGUUCGACCCGUCUUCCACGUCAACCAAAAGACACGAGCCAUGGUUCGCAACAGGUUCUCGCCUUUGACAGGAAGUCGCCCUGCGAUGAUCCACCCCGCAGGCCUUCUUGUCUUUCCGAAGAUUGACUGUAUCGAGCCCCUCUUCGGCGGGUUUUCUCCCCAGUCUAUCGAAUCGAUCUUGCGUACCCAACCUCGCCACGUUGCAAAAUUUCUCCAAUCUUUCGAGACAAUGUACGUACCCGGGUUUCGCACACUGUAUAAGGCUUCGGACCCUUUAUUCGGAUGUUGGCCUUUUAUGUUUCCGAAACUCAGGACUAUCUUGGUGGCAACAUAUCAUAUCACAAAAUCCCGUCUGCACGAGCAUCUCAAGAUUCAUAACCACGAUGAGCUUCGGCUUCUUGACACAGACACGUUCUCAUCCCUAUACGAUUGGAAGCAGUUCGAGUUCAAUCCUGUUGCACCUACACUGAAGCCAAUUUGGGAGAAAAAGGUCCGUCUAGUCGGCACAGGACCAUUACUAAACUCGAGAACACAAGGAGUCAUGGAACUGGUCCAGACGUCACAGGGAUUGCGCAUGCGCAUAUUGGGUCCCGAGUGUCCUAGUUGUCAAUUUUAA